CGACAUUUUCCAAUCAAUAAAAGCCCAGCCACUUUCAAAUCAAUCAAUCAGUUUGCUGUGAAUAUUCUGAGAGGUACGAGCAAACCUGACGAAGAUGAAUAAAUUUACGGUAAUUUUUGUUACACUAGCAGUGCUGGGCGCUGUUAGUGCCUACGGCGGCGGCGGCGGCGGCUCAAAAUAUGGAGGUGGUAGUGGUGGCUUCGGUCCUGGUGGCGGCAGCGGUGGUGGAAAUAGUGGAGGUGGCGGCUUUGGACCCGGUGGUGGUAGUGGCGGCUUUGGUUCUGGCGGCGGCGGCGGUGGUGGAAACGGUGGAGGUGGCGGCUUUGGACCCGGUGGUGGUGGUGGUGGCGGCUUUGGUCCCGGAGGCGGCGGCGGUGGUGGAAAAGGCGGAGGUGGCGGCUUUGGACCCGGUGGUGGUAGUGGCGGCUUUGGUCCUGGCGGCGGCAGCGGUGGUGGAAAUAGUGGAGGUGGGGGCUUUGGACCCGGUGGUGGUAGUGGCGGCUUUGGUUCUGGCGGCGGCGGCGGUGGUGGAAACGGUGGAGGUGGCGGCUUUGGACCCGGUGGUGGUAGUGGCGGCUUUGGUCCUGGUGGCGGCGGCGGUGGUGGACACAGUGGUGGUGGUUACGGCAGCAGCUAUGGUGGUGGCUAUAAGAAGCACGGAUAUUAGGCUUAAGACAAGUGUGAUGAGCAUUUUCCUUUGCUGUGAUUUUUUUGCCAAGAAAUUGUGUGCAAUUAAGUUGAAACUGUUAAAUUGUAUUAAAAUUUAAGAUAAAUACAUACUCAUGUAUGCAAAAGUGGACACCUGCUUAUAGCGACUAAUAAUGAAAUAAAAUAUGUUAUUUUUUUGAUAACUACCUCAUAAUA